AUGGCUAAUCCUACUCUGCAGACUACCUACGAGCCCCCAGGCUCAAGUUCAAGCUCUACCUUUACCCUUUCCUUUAACCUUCCCGACUCGAGACCCGUUUCCCCAUCACCCUCCCUCUUCUCAGAGUCCUCCCAAACGACAAUGUCAAGCUACACUUCGAAUUCGAAGCCUGCUUUAGCGCGACAGAGUACAGCCGAAGUGGCUGAACGGGAUUACUUCCACGAAAACCCAGCUCCAGCGGCGCUCGAGGAACAUACCGCCCAGGCCAAAGCGUUCAUAGACUUCCACGCGGCUGCUGACAGACGCGUCGUCUUGGUUACGUCCGGAGGCACAACCGUCCCUCUCGAGAGGCAGACCGUCAGGUUUAUCGACAAUUUCAGCGCGGGUACACGAGGUGCAACGUCCGCAGAAUACUUCCUCGAGGCUGGCUAUGCAGUUAUUUUCUUACACCGACAGUUCAGUCUUUUGCCGUACUCUCGCCACUACAGCCAUACCACAAAUUGCUUCCUGGAUUUCCUCCACGAAAGUUCGGAUGGCAGCAUAGUUGCCAAUGAAGAAUACCAAGAAAAGAUGCAGAAAGUCCUCAGACAGUACAAUGCUGCCAAGGAGAGCAACCUACUCCUGACUCUCCCCUUCACGACUAUCAACGACUACCUUUUCGUCCUGCGCUCCAUCUCCCAGCUCAUGCGCACCCUAGGAUCCAGUGGUUUGUUAUACCUCGCUGCAGCAGUCUCCGACUUCUUUGUCCCACCGGAGCGAAUGGUUGAGCACAAGAUACAGUCCACCAACGCAACAGACGUGCAGAAAGAAGAAAGAGAUGCUGCAAGCAACGAAGAGAAGGAAGAAGAAGUAUUUGACAAUUUCGAUUCUUCACCGGCGGUGCCUCGAAGCAAACGUUUGAUUGUCGACCUAGACCCCGUCCCGAAAUUCUUGAAGAACUUGGUAGACGGUUGGGCACCGGAAGGCAUGAUUGUAUCCUUUAAACUAGAGACAGAUCCGGAAAUAUUGGUGCACAAAGCACAAUAUUCGCUAGAACGGUACCAACAUCAUCUUGUGAUUGGCAACCUACUAUCAACGCGAAAAUGGGAAGUGGUAUUCGUGGCUCCUGGGAAAAAAGACACCUGGAUUCGAGUACCGAGAAGUAAGAGGACUCGGCCAAUCAGUGGGACGGUUAGUGCCAGCGAUGGCGAGAUUGGUGAGAAGCCUCUGGAUCCCAAAGACCUGCCAGAGGGAGACCCGGAGAUGGAGAUUGAGGGUCUCAUUAUACCCGCAGUAGAGAAGAUGCACACAAGUCAUAUACAAAAUGCUGUAAGGAUACCAUUAUGA